AUGAAAGCACAACAUUUUCUUCAGAGGACCCGAACCAAGCUACAACUUUCUUCUGAAGUCCCAUAUAGUAUAUAAAGAACACAAAAAUAGCUGAGGCUUUUUUUUUCUCUCCCCCCCACCCCAGAACUUGGCUGGAUCUCAAAAGUGCAUGUGAAUCAACCUGCAGUUCUAAGGCAUGCUGAACGAAUUCAGACACGGAGAACUGUGAAAAGCAAUUGGCAAGCUGCUUGGCUGCUCAAAGCUGUCACCUGCAUGGACCUUACCACUCUUUCAGGUGAUGAUACUCCUUCAAACGUUCACAGAAUGUGUUACAAAGCUAAGCAUCCCAUCAGAGAGGAUCUGCUGAAAGCCAUGGACAUGCAUGAAAAAGGUAUUACUGUUGCAGCAGUCUGUGUAUAUCCUGCUAGAGUCACUGAUGCUGUUAGUGCCCUAAAGGCUGCCGGAUGUAACAUACCAGUAGCUUCAGUGGCUGCUGGUUUUCCCUCUGGGCAAAUGCCUCUACAAACCAGACUGGAUGAAAUAAAGCUGGCAGUGGGAUAUGGUGCCAGAGAGAUUGAUAUUGUCAUUAACAGGACUCUGGUGCUGACUGGCCAGUGGGAAGAUCUAUAUGAAGAGAUCCGUCAGUGUCGUGAGGCCUGUGGAGAUGCUCAUAUGAAAACAAUCUUAUCAACGGGUGAACUAGGGUCCCUCGCUAAUGUCUACAAAGCCAGUAUGAUAGCUAUGAUGGCAGGUUCCGAUUUUAUAAAGACCUCUACAGGAAAAGAAGUUGAAAAUGCUACCCUUCCGGUUGGAGUAGUCAUGAUGCGAGCCAUUAGGGACUUCUACUGGCAAACUGGCAACAAGGUUGGAUUUAAACCUGCUGGGGGCAUUCGGACAGCAAAAGACGCUAUUACUUGGCUUAUGCUGGUGAAGGAGGAGCUAGGAGUGGAGUGGCUAAAACCAGAGCUCUUUCGCCUGGGUGCCAGUAGUUUGUUGGAAGAUAUUGAGAAACAGAUUUUCCACCAUGUGACUGGCAAUUAUGCAGUUUACCAUGACCUGCCAAUGGCUUAGACGCAAAAUCAGCUCAAGAUUACAUUUUAUAGGAGAGAUCUUUAAGAAAAUAACAUCCAGAAAUCUUCUGACAACCAUGAGCAUAUGACAGAAUUAAAGGGCCAGUUCUCCCUUCUUCAUGUUUUAUAGUAUUUAAAACUAUGCUCAAGUCUGCCAGUUGUGCUUGAUCCAAAAGUAGAAAAAAUGGUAAUUCUGAAAUAGUAAAUAGUUAAUACUUAACAGAUUUGCAAAGUUAAUCUUGCAAAGUCUUUUUCAGACCAGCCUGAAAAGCUUAUUAAUGGCAGCACUGAAAUACUAUGAAAAAGAUUUAAGUGGCUUGGUAACACUUUGCAGUUGCAGAAUAUGAAAUAUCUCUGGAAUGUUUCAGAUUGCUAAUUAAGAGCUACAGCUCUUGGAACAGCUUUCCAUUCACCUCAGACUAAAUCUUCUGCCACAGAUAUGUUGCACUAUUAAUUGUUAUGGUGAUUCAGUUUCAAGCAUUGCAACCUGAGAAAAUGAAACUUGGCUAUUACUUUCUUUUAUAAAAUGUCUUUGUAGCAAAACCCUUUUCUUUUGUAUUUCUUUUUCCCAAACUUGGGCACAGACAUCCAUAUUUAGACCCUGGAAUAAAGGUGGCUUGAUUUCUAGAACAGCUGAGUAUCCACAGUUGCUCCUGAAGUUAAUGGGAGCUCUGGGUGAUCAGAACAACUGAAAAUCAAGCAACCUCUAUAUAGGUGCCUAACUAUUCAUUCAGGGCCCUAUUUUUAGGCAUUUCAUGCUUAAAAUUUUAGUCUAACUUGCUUGGAAGCUCCCGUUCCUGUCUCCACGCACUUUUAAACACAUUCAUGUAAAUCGUUCCAUUUUAACAUAGGGGUUUUUGACUGUCACUUUGCAGGUGUCACUGCUGUACUGCCUGAACUUCAACUUUGCCAUGCUAAAAACGAGUCUUUAAUUUAAAAGGUGAUCUGAGUUGUGUCCUACACAGGGUUCCCUGUUCUUUCAUACCUUUAAUGUGAAAAGUACUUUCCUUCAAGCACAUUAAUAAUAUCUAAAGCAUCAACACCUUUUGAUUAUCAGACUGCAGCUAGUAGAUUCAUUAUUUCAGAACUGCAUUCCACUCACUAACCAGAGUUGUACUAAAAACUUAAUUAUCUUAUCAUCGUGACUAGUCUCACUGACUUAAGUAGGUCUCAUUAGGGAAGUAAGAGGAGGAAGAUUUUGCUGUAAAUCAAGCUACAAGGUACAUUUAUUACAAAAUGAUCCUUGCUUCAUAAAGAUAAUACUUCAGUUAUUUAUCUGGUUAAACCACCUGAAUUGCUCGUGCUCUGCAAGACAUAUUGGACAGAUAGGAAGGCUGAAAUAGGAAAAGAAAUUAGAGAAUACAGCAUAUACAGAAAAAAUAAUCCUAUGUACGAUGUUCAGUACUAAGAAUGUGCUUUAAUUUCCUGGGAAGUAGUUCAUACAGGGCUUUCUGGCUUUUUCUGGUUUAGAUCUCAAUAUACAAAAUUGGGACUCAGUAGACUAAGCUGUGACAAUAUUUUCACACAUUUGUUUUUAUGGAAAGUGGCCCUUUUUGCCACAGAUUUUCUUUCUGAUUUCACUGCAAGUUUCUUGAAGGAAAAAUCCAGUGCUUGCUUGCCUAUUUAGGGUAAAAUUCCGCUUCUGACAUUUCAGAAAGAGAGGAGCCUAUAACAUGAACUCACCUCACAUGUUUUGCCUAUCGAGUUAACCCUCUGCCAUACCAUCUCAGCAAGCUCCCACCAGAUUUUGCUACUGAUCAGAUCUAGCCAUACAAAUGUUUAGAGCGCAUUUAAUACUUUGCUAUAAGAGAUUCACCUCACUUGCAAAGUUUUUUUUUUUUUUUUCCAGUUCCCAGGCUAUCCAGGCAACGUGUCUGGGAGAGGUUUUUAUUCAUUUGUUGUCUUUUGGACAUUUUGUGAGAAUCUGGAAGCUAUUUUAAAGAAGCUUCAGUCUCUCAAUGAAGAGUUCUAUUUAAGUUCUUAAAAUUAACUAAGGUCCAGCUUUGCCACUGUAACUGUUUAACAUGAGUACCUCUACCCGAGGACCAGCUUCACCGAUUUCAUGUGAGCUACGUGUGGAUUAAUGAACUUGCCAAGAAGAAAUGUGCCUAUUUCUGCUGAUAUCCCUCCCAUUUUGAUGUGCCCCUGUGCUGUUGCUGGUUGGUUUGCUUCAGUAGGAACAGACUCUCUUUGUAGAGUGAGAGAUUAAGCUAGGUUUAAAAGAUGCUCAGCCCUUCCAAAAAGUCUAAGAUAUCCACUUCCCUUUUUAGUGAAUGUAACAAACACACCAGUUUUAAGUACUGUGCAACUCCAAGCCAACCAGUGCUUUGGCAGAAGCCAAAAGGUAGGAGUACUAGGAAUAUAGUUUAUAUUUCCAAAAUACUAGGAAAGCGUUGUCUCCGCACGUUUUAAGCACUGAUGUGUUGAAA